CUCAAUCUAUAACCUAAGUAUUCUGGGGGCAUAUAUCCCUAUCCUUACUGGCUAGAGAGAUUCUCAUAUAUAAAUCUCUAGUUCCCCCGUAGCGAAUUUCCUACUCACCUCUUACCUUCCCAGGUUAUUUUCCUCUUGGUUCCUCUGCCGCUCAAGAGAGCUUUAUAUAAUCAUCAUGGCGUUGUUCACCUAUUCAUCAUUAACGCUAGUGACUUCGGCCAUCAUCUUUGUCGUCUCCCUCGUUCGCAUCCUGCGCAUUGGAAGAAGACCUUCGAAUUACCCCCCAGGACCACCGACAAUCCCAAUUCUUGGUAAUCUGCAUUUAAUGCCAAAACGUGAUGCUCACCUCCAGUUCCAAAAAUGGGCGAAGGAGUAUGGUCCGGUGUACAGUUUGAUCCUAGGAACGAAGACUUUGAUCGUCCUGUCGAGUGAUCAGGCCGUUAAGGAUCUCUUGGACAAGAAGAGUGCCAUUUACAGUGAUCGUCAGGACAUGUACAUUGGACAGGAGUUAUGCUCUGGCGGGCUCCGUGUAUUGAUGAUGAAAUACGGACCAACAUGGCGCAUGAGCCGCAAGCUCACCCACAACCUCCUCAACGUCUCUUCCGCCCGCUCUUACGUCCCGUACCAAAUGCUCGAGAACAAGCAAAUGCUUCAUGAGAUCCUGCACGAGCCUCAAAAUGUUCUGCAAGCAAUCCGCCGCUACUCCAACUCCCUAACAACAGCGAUGACUUUCGGCUGGCGCACCCCUUCUCAUGAAGACCCAAAGCUGCAACAGCUCUUCUCAGGCUUCGAGAAGUUUGCCGUACUCAACCAAACAGGCACUGCAGCCAUCAUUGACUACUAUCCCAUUCUGCGCUACCUCCCUGAGUUUAUCCUCACAGCGCAAGCUAAGGCUCGCGAGCUACACCGUAUUGAGAAAGAGCUAUACGUUGGGCAUUGGCUGAAGGCCAAGCAAACCAUCAAAGAUGGCUCAGCCAAGCCAUGCUUCUGCGUCGACCUCGCUCGCUCCCAAGCCAACGAGGGAUUUUCAGACAACCAAGCUGGCUACAUAUCCGGCACUGUCCUCGAGGCCGGCUCAGACACGACCUCUUCAACCAUCUACGCCUUCGUGCAAGCCAUGCUCCUCUUCCCAGAAGUCCAGAGGAAAGCGAAGGCCGAGAUCGAGAAGGUCGUUGGGCCCAAUCGCCUUCCUACUAUGGAGGAUGAGAAAGACCUCCAGUACAUCCGCGGUAUCAUGAAGGAGUCUCUCCGCUGGAUGCCAACCACCAUCCUCGGAGCGGUACCACAUGCCGUCACAAAGGACGAUAUUUACCAGGGCUACACGAUACCCGCCGGAGCAGGUGUUAUGAAUAACGUCUACACCAUCAACAUGGACCCCGUUCGGUUCCCAAACCCCCGACAGUUCCAACCAGAGCGGUACGCCGAGGAUUUCCAAUCUCUCGGCGAAUCGGCCGCAAACCCCGACGCGUCCAAGCGCGAUCAAUUCACCUUUGGCGCUGGGCGUCGCAUCUGUCCUGGUAUCCAUGUCGCUGAGCGCAGUCUGUUCAUCGCGAUAUCACGGAUUCUGUGGGCGUUUGAGAUCAGACCAAGGAAGGAUGCGGCGGGGAAUGAUGUCCUGCCAGAUGCGGAGAGGCUGACACAGGGGUUCGUGUGCAUGCCUGAGGAGUUUGUGUGCGAUAUUGUGCCGACAAGUAAGGAGAGGGCGGCAAUGGUGGAGAGGGAGUGGGAGGAGGCGAAGGAACUGCUGGAUAUGAAGACGGGGCAGUGGAAGGAGAUUCCUAAGGGGAUGGCUUUUGGUAGUGUGUAA